AACAAAUUCAACAAUUGAACGCCUUAAUUAUAGAAAAAAUCAGCGUUGUAGUAAAUAAAUAUCAAGUUCAAAUAUCAGAAAAAAAAAAAAAAACAUGAAUACAACCGAAAAUUCUAAAAAUGUGCUUAUGGUGUGCACUGAUAACAUUAGUCGAUCGCCUAUAGCGGAGGCGGUUUUAAGAGAUGUCAUUUCUAAAGAGGGACUCCAAGAGGAGUGGCAAGUGGACAGCGCUGCUAUUGAAGGUUGGCAUUUGGGCGAGAAGCCCGAUCCGAGGGCAUUAAGUGUGCUGGGCCAUCACAAAAUUAAGUAUAAUGACUGCGCUCGUCGCCUGGACAUCGAUGAUUUCGAAAAGUUUGACUACAUACUCGGAAUGGAUCCAAGUAAUAUGGCCUCAUUGAGGCUGUUAAAACCGCACUAUUCCAACUCGAAAUUGCUUUUGCUGAGUGACUUUCUGUUUGGCUUCAAGACAAACAACCGAUGCAUUGAAGAUCCCUACUAUGAAAUUGGUGAGGAUUCUUUCGAAAAGAUUUACGACCAAUGUCAAUUUGCGUGCUCCAACUUUUUGAAACAAGCGCGCCACAAUCAAAUUAUUAUUUAGCUGUAGUCGUUCCGCACUAUUGACGGGU